UGCUCUCGCUCAUCAUCGAUCUGCAUCUGCUUAGUUAAUCAUCAGUUAUUGACAAGCAAGAGUCUCGGUUUCAAAUAGCAAGUUCGGGAAGAGUAAGGAAAAUGCAGUCGGCGAAGAACGCAGCGGCCUCCGCCAAGGAGACGGCUUCGAACGUUGGCGCCUCCGCCAAGUCCGGCAUGGAGAAGACCAAAGCCGCGGCACAAGAGAAGAUGGAGAAGAUGACGGCCCAUGACCCGGUGGAGAAGGAGAUGGCGACGGAGAGGAAGCACGAGAGGAUGGAGCAGGCCGAGCUCCAGAAACGGGAGGCCCAGGAGCAGAACGCGGCGUCCCGGCAGCAAACUGCCGCCACCGGCCAAGUUGGACCCACUACGACCACCGGCACCACAACCUACUCGACUACCGGGGCGACAGGUCAGUCCACGGGAACCCACCAGAUGUCCGCCCUCCCGGGCCACGGGACGGGGCAGCCCACGAACCAGGUUACGGAGGGGGUUGUUGGGACCCACCCGGGUGGCCCUGGCAGGACGACAGCCCACAAUCCACGUGCAGGUGGGGGUAAUCAAGGGCAUGGGACGGAGGGCGGGUACUACGGCCAUGGAACCGGUGGAACUGGAGGGAAAUACUCUUAAAUAUCUCCAGCCCUAGGGAAUGCUGUACGUGUGGUGCCGUUCGCGUGAUGUAUGGUUGUUGAAUAAAGAAGCGAGUGUUGUUAUGUUUUGAUGUCGUGUGAUCCCCUUUGGUUUUUAUGAGGGGAUACGUUGUCUGCUUUGAUUUGAAAUUGUCUUGUUGUAUUAAGUUGGUAAUGUAAUAAAAGUUUGUGUUUCUUAGCUUUAAAUCUGAAUUGGAUCUUU